GAAGAAUUUCCCACGCCCUCUCGUUCGUUUGCACAAAGGCAAGCGCAUUUCGCUGAUUCCCUCAACGACACAGGCAGCUGCACAAACAUAUACACACACGCAGUCAUGUUCCGUCUCGCUGCUAGGUCCGCUCACAAGCCUCUGAGCAGGACACUUUCUCCAGCAUGCACAAGGAGCUUCCAUGCAUCUUCGGCUGCUCGCAAACUCGCCGGUUCCCAACCGCUGCGUGCAACCGCCGCUGACACCCCCCUAUCAAGCGCCUACCCAAUCAUCGACCACACCUACGACGCCAUCGUAGUUGGUGCAGGCGGCGCAGGUCUUCGUGCCGCUUUCGGUCUCGCAAAGGAGGGACUCAAGACCGCUUGCAUUACUAAGUUGUUUCCUACGAGGAGUCAUACCGUUGCGGCCCAAGGGGGGAUCAAUGCGGCGCUUGGGAAUAUGAGUGAGGAUGAUUGGAGAUGGCAUAUGUAUGAUACCGUGAAGGGGAGUGAUUGGUUGGGCGACCAAGAUGCGAUCCACUACAUGUGUCGCGAAGCCCCUCAGAGCGUGAUCGAGCUAGAGCACUACGGCGUGCCCUUCUCGCGUACGGAGGAGGGCAAGAUCUACCAGCGCGCGUUCGGCGGACAGAGCUUGAAAUUUGGUAAAGGCGGGCAGGCGCACCGAUGUGCUGCUGUCGCCGAUCGUACGGGACACUCGAUCCUCCACACGCUCUAUGGACAGUCGUUGCGGUAUGAUACGACUUAUUUCAUUGAGUACUUUGCGUUGGAUUUGAUCAUGGAGAAUGGUGAAUGCCGAGGUGUCAUUGCUCUCUGCAUGGAGGACGGCACGUUGCACCGUUUCCGCGCCCACCAGACCGUGCUGGCCACCGGUGGUUACGGACGUGCCUACUUCUCCUGCACGUCUGCCCACACUUGCACUGGUGACGGAAACGCCAUGGUGACCCGUGCCGGCCUGCCUCUGCAGGACUUGGAGUUUGUACAAUUCCACCCUACCGGUAUCUACGGAGCAGGUUGUUUGAUCACCGAAGGUUCCCGUGGAGAGGGAGGUUACCUGCUCAAUUCCGAGGGUGAGCGUUUCAUGGAGCGUUACGCACCCACGGCAAAGGACCUCGCUUCCCGCGACGUCGUCAGUCGAUCCAUGACGGUCGAGAUCCGCGAGGGCCGCGGUGUGGGACCCGAGAAGGACCACAUCUACCUGCAGCUCAGCCACUUGCCCAAGGAAGUCCUUGCCGAGCGUCUGCCCGGUAUCUCCGAGACGGCCGCGAUCUUCGCCGGUGUCGACGUGACCAAGGAGCCCAUCCCCGUCCUACCCACCGUCCACUACAACAUGGGCGGUAUCCCUACUAACUACAUCGGCCAGGUCAUCGACCCCAAGGACGGCAAAGACAACAUCGUCCCCGGCCUCUACGCCGCGGGCGAAGCCGCCUGCGUGUCCGUGCACGGCGCCAACCGUCUCGGGGCCAACUCCCUGCUCGACAUUGUCGUGUUUGGCCGUGCGUGCGCCCUGCACAUUGCCGAGAACCUGAAACCCAACACGCCGCACCGCCCGCUGCCCAAGGACGCUGGGGCCGAGACGAUUGCGAACCUCGACCGCGUGCGAUAUGCGAACGGGGCUAACCCGACUUCCGCGGUGCGUUUGCAGAUGCAGAAGGUGAUGCAGAGCGAUGCGGCUGUUUUCAGGACGCAGAGUUCGUUGGAGGAGGGUGUGAAGAGGAUCGAUGAGGUUGCCUUGAAGCUGAAUGAUCUCAAAACCACCGACCGUGGUCUCAUCUGGAACACGGACCUCAUCGAAACGCUCGAACUCCAAAACCUCAUGGCCAACGCCACACAAACCAUGUACUCUGCGGAAGCACGCAAAGAGUCCCGUGGGGCGCACGCGCGCGAGGAUUUCACGGAGCGCGACGACAAGGAGUGGAUGAAGCAUACGCUGUCGUGGUGGGACCACAAGACCCAUAAGACGCGGUUGGCGUAUCGGAAGACGAUCACGCAUACGUUGGAUGAGAAUGAGGUUAAGCCUGUGCCGCCUGUUAAGCGGGUGUACUAGAUUGCGUACUGUCCUUCUUUCCGCCCCACAUUCUUCUGUACGGUUUGAAACGUUUGCUUUGUGAAACGUUGGGGGGGGGGGGGGGG